GCAAAUGUUCGAAACGAGACAAAAUGGCGGAUGACAGGAAAUGCACUUCGUCCUUUACAUAAACUCUCUUAUUCCAAAGGAUUUAUACGAUUGUGGAAUUAGCUAUGAAAGUAGAAACAACAGAUGAAGCACAACGAUGACAAAAGGAAGAAUUUGUUCUUCUUCUAGAGAAUCCACGCCGUCUAAGAUAGCCGUCAGACAAACCAGCCAAACUGAAAGACUGAAUAUUAUGGCACAGAAGUUGAAGGUCUCAUUAACCCCUUGUGAUCUGAUCAGUGAUAUUGACUGUGGUAAUAUUACUUCUGAAAUAAAGGAGACAUUUGAAAACCAGGUAUGCUCUUCUCCUGAGAAAAGCAUUGAUUGUCAUAACAUGCCAAAUGGCAAGGAGACAAGUCUAAAAACAACUGAUCAAGAGCACAAUGGUGCCGUUGAUGUAAGUGAAGGAAAUACUCUUAAAAAGGAUCUGGGAUCACCUAGUGGUUUUAUGCCAGUCAGCUUUUAUGGAUCAAGAAGCCAAAAUGCAACUCCUAGGAUAAAGUUGUUUGUUCCAAAAGAUCACAAGAAAUUAAAUGUGAAAAGUCAAGACUUGAUGAAUGAUAGUCCUUCUGGUAUUAAAAGAAAGUCCAAGAAGCAAACUUGUUCAACAGCAGUGAAGAGAAAACAUAAGACAGCUAGCAUUGUCAAACAAAGCAAAUCUGGUGGUAGAAAAGAGAAAUUGGAGUCAAAUACCCAAGAAAAUGGGAUUCAAGUUUAUGAGAAUGGAACAUUGCAUAACGUUGAUAACAGUGGCAAAAGCAAAGAUAAAACAGAACCCUGUGAAACAAUGAUAAUUGAAGUAAAAGAGAGGGAAGGAAGCACCGGUGAUGGAGCUGACUGGUCAGCUAAGUUACAUUAUGACUCCGACAUAAAUGGGGUUGAUUCAGUUAGUGGCAAAUCAAGUCCAACUUUGCAGAAAUCUGCGGCAAGUGAGAUUGAAUCUGUUUGUUCCGAAUCAAGUCUUUGCAGUGGACCAGGGUCUGUGUUGGAUGGUCUGUAUUUAAGAAAAAGUGGCAAUGAAUACUUCUUUUCCAAUUCUGUUGUCAGUACUUCAUCAGAAGAACAUCUUCAAUCAUGUAGUGAUGACACUGGCAGUGAAAGAACAGUUACUACAGGUUUAACAAAUGGUGUAUUGCCUGACCCGUCCUACACUGAUCAAAAUGGAAGUUUGACGGGGAAAAUGUCUGCAAGUCAUCACACUGAUGACUGUCACAUGAGCUUGUUGCUUUCAAUGCCAUCACCAGACACUAGUGAGAGCGAUUUUACACUGAAACUUUCCGACCAAGAAGCAGAAUCAAGCUCAUCCAAAAGUUCUCCUGAACAUCAAGCAUCUAUAAUGAGAUACUUUAAAAGUGUGUCGGGUCCUAAGUGUAAAACUGUCCUGAUUGCAAAUGGUGCAUCCUCCUCAUCCACACUUCCAGCAGAAAAUUCUCCAGGGACCAAAAACAGGAUAACUCCUAAAAAGAAAAAGAAAGCAACAAAGCAGGAACAAAUGUAUUUGGAUUUGGGUCAGAAAGACUUUGGUCAUGUGACAUGCCCCACCUGUGGCAUGGUGUAUACCAGAGCUCAGCCAGAUGAUGAAGCUGCUCACAUCAGACACCACAAGAGCUUUGUUAGCGGUUUGAGGUUCACUGGCUGGAAGAAUGAGUGUGUUGUGAAGGAGUAUCAUGACGGUAGAGUGAUCAUGGUCAGCCCUGAUAAUCAUCCUCUUCACCUUAAAAAGGUGGAAGAAGUUCGCAAAGUUGUCGACAGUGAGUUAGGCUUUGUUGCUGAUGUACCUUAUAGAAGGUCUGGAGCUAAGACGUUUCUUUUUAUUACCACGAAAAAAGUUGUUGGUUGUUCUGUAGCAGUUCAAAUUGACCAGGGUUAUCCUGUUUUGCCUUCACCUGGAGAAUCUUCAACCCCAGAAAAACAGAUUGCCGCCUGGUGUUGCAGUACCACCCCUCAGUCAGCUCAGUGUGGCAUCAGCCGAAUCUGGGUCCACAGUCAGUACAGGCGGAAGAAGGUUGCAACUCGAUUGCUCGAUUGUGUUAGGAUGAACUUCAUUUACGGCUGUAUUAUUCCCAGAGAACUUGUCGCGUUUUCAGAUCCCACACCAGACGGCAAGCGGCUUGCUAAAAGUUACGCCGGCACCUCACAGUUCCUUGUGUUCAGAUAGCUUUGCACUGGUUGCAUUUCAAAUGCCUGAUUCGUGAAGCUUGGAAAUGUCCCCGAAUGUACAUCAUUGUACUUUGUAUUACCGUGUAAACGGUGUUCAGUCUUGGAGACAACUUUCGUUUUCGCUAAAUCUUCGCAGGAGCACUGUCUAGCUUCGGAAUCCUAUUCUUUACUUGAAAUCUAGUACGAACCUUCCGUUUCGUCGGAAAAUUAGGCUGAUUUAGCAAGAGAACGGGAACGUCUCUUGACGACGGCGCGCG